AUGGCUUCCUCCUCCUUACUCCACCCUUCUCUCUCCUCCCUCUCCCCAAAACGCACCGUUUCAUACCAAUCCCCCUCCCCCCGACGCCCACUCUCCGUAUGUUGCACCUCCUCCACAUUCGAUCCCACCUCCGCCGCCACAAACUCCUCCCCUCCACCUCACCGCACCCGCGCCGCCGAUGAGAACAUCCGCGACGAGGCCCGCCGCCACCGCCCUACUCCGCACAACUUCUCCGCCAAGUACGUCCCCUUCGAGGCCGUCGCGGCCGGCGGCGCUUCCCCGGAGUCCUACUCGCUCGACGAGGUCGUCUACCGCAGCCGCUCCGGCGGCCUGUUGGACGUCCAGCACGACAUGGAGGCCCUCGGCAAGUUCGACGGCGCGUACUGGCGCCGUCUCUUCGACUCGCGCGUCGGCCGCACCACCUGGCCAUACGGCUCCGGCGUCUGGAGCAAGAAGGAGUGGGUCCUACCGGAGAUCGACGACGACGAUAUCGUCAGCGCGUUUGAAGGAAACUCCAACCUCUUCUGGGCCGAGCGGUUCGGGAAGCAGUUCCACGGCAUGAACGAUCUGUGGGUGAAGCACUGUGGAAUCUCCCACACCGGAAGCUUCAAAGACCUAGGCAUGACCGUCCUGAUCAGCCAGGUCAAUCGUCUCCGAAAACUCAAACGACCUGUCGUUGGAGUCGGCUGCGCCUCCACCGGCGACACGUCGGCGGCUCUCUCUGCCUAUUGUGCUUCUGCAGGCAUUCCGUCGAUUGUGUUUCUUCCUGCGAAUAAGAUCUCCAUGGCGCAAUUGGUCCAGCCGAUUGCGAAUGGCGCUUUCGUGCUGAGCAUUGAUACUGAUUUUGACGGCUGUAUGAAGCUGAUCAGGGAAGUGACUGCAGAAUUGCCGAUUUACUUGGCCAAUUCGUUGAACAGUUUGAGGCUGGAGGGGCAGAAGACUGCGGCGAUUGAGAUAUUGCAGCAGUUCGACUGGGAGGUUCCGGAUUGGGUGAUUGUUCCGGGAGGGAACUUGGGGAAUAUUUAUGCGUUUUACAAGGGGUUUAAAAUGUGCCAGGAAUUGGGGCUUGUGGAUAGGAUUCCGAGGCUUGUUUGUGCUCAGGCGGCGAAUGCCAACCCGCUUUACUUGUAUUACAAGUCAGGAUGGAAGGAUUUCAAGGCGGUGACGGCAAAUACCACUUUCGCUUCGGCUAUACAGAUUGGUGACCCUGUUUCGAUUGAUAGAGCUGUGUAUGCGCUGAAGAGUUGCGACGGGAUUGUGGAGGAAGCUACUGAGGAGGAGCUGAUGGAUGCAAUGGCGCAAGCUGAUUCGACUGGGAUGUUUAUAUGCCCACACACUGGGGUGGCGCUGACGGCAUUGGAUAAGCUUAGGAAGAGUGGGGUUAUUGGAGCUGGUGAUCGGACCGUGGUGGUGAGCACUGCUCAUGGUUUGAAGUUCACACAGUCUAAGGUUGAUUAUCACUCGAAGGACAUUCCAGAGAUGGCUUGCCGGUUUGCCAAUCCACCAACGGAGGUCAAGGCAGAGUUCGGGGCGGUCAUGGAUGUUCUUCAGGACUUUUUGAAGUCUAAGAAGUCAAAGUGAGCUGAGCUUUUUGUAUCAAUGUAGCACUCGUAACUUGUGCACUUCACUUUUCUUUCUGCUUUGGUUUUGCUUUCUGGAUUUUGAUGUUGCAUAGGUUGCUUAUAAUUUCAGGCAAUUUCUUUUGUUUAUGUUCUAUACUUCCACAUAUGCUUGGUGAUUUUUAAGUAAAAACCAGCCCUCAUAACAUAGCAGAAGUUAGAAUAAGCUUUUGUAAGCAAGAAGGUAGAAUAUUUUCUAUUUACCAUCAGCUGUAACAGGGAUGUAACUUUCUAUAUUUCUAAACUUGUCAUACUGUUUACUCUAAUUCGUGUUUCGACUAUGAGAGAAUUUUCCC